AUGACAACUUACGCUUUAUUAUCUGAAUACUUGUCCGCUUACAAUCAACACGAUGUUAACAAAAUAAUUGAUUUUCUUCAUCCGAAUUGUCGUGUGAUAUUUAAUGAUCAAAUAGUUCUUCAAGGUGUUGAUGCUAUGCGUCCUACAUAUGAACAUGAUUUUUUAAAUCCUAAUGCGAGUGCAACUAUUAUCGAACAUAAUCAAGAUCUGGAUGAACAAGAUCGUAUUCGUGUCGUAUUAAAAACGAAUGAUAAUCGCCUUAUCGAUGUUACAUAUGUAUUCGAAACGAAAGAAAACGAUGAUAAAAUUCAUAGACAACAAAUGAUUGAACAUAUUAUUCAUUCACUUAAAUUUUUAUAG